AUGCAGGACAUGGCAAACUGGGACCCUUCCUAUCCCGACGAGCGAGUCUCCUGGUACGACGAGUACAUGCAGCGCAAUGGCCCCACCAGCAUCAACUGGCUGCAGGCGCCCAAGACGCUGGGCGGGGGGGACUCCCAAGCGAUGAUCGAAGUCCGAGGCGUCGCGCUCUACGAGGCCUUCCACGGCGGCGGCGGCGGCGGCGGCGAGGCCACGCUGGCCGUGUCGCCGCUCGACGAUGGCUCGGUGUGCCUCUGGGAUGUCAGGGGUACCCGCGGGCGAAAGGGUGGCAUCUUGGCGAGGAGCAAGCCCGACGUCCUUUUCAUCGACGGACCAAGCAGCCAGAACUCUCGACGGAGCAAAAAGAUCAACACGGGUGUUACCGAGUGCGUCAGCGUCGACAACGAUGGCCAUCGGGCCUUUUUCGCCGUCCAAAGCCACCUCAUCGAGGUUGACCUCAAUCGCUUGGACGUCGUGAGCCAGGAGUCGUUUGAGUGGUCCAUCACGACUCUUUCCGCCGUGCACCAGAGCCAGCCUCUGACGGUGGGGACGACACUCGGCGUCCACCUUCACGAUUUUCGUGCGAGGAGUCGGCCGUGUCGUGAUGCAGUCGAUCGCGUGGACGGGCAGCAGCACGAGCAGUCCAACGUCCUUCGAGCCAUCUUCGAUCCCACGCCGCUGGCGCCGUACGCGUCGCUGUCUCAGCCGACGCCGAUAAGCAUCCUUCAUCUUCCUAGGCCAGGACACCAAAGCCUCGUGUCGGACGACAUUUACGUAUCGGGUCGGUUUUCCAACAUACUCCACUACGACAGACGCAAGUUCCCGGCCAUCGUUGGAUCCAUCUACUCGGGAGCGCUCAUCUCAAGCCUCGCGACGCUUCCGCAUCCCUUCUCGACCGUCGACAUGGAGGUGCGACGGCGGGGCGAGUUUAGCGCCGAACGGGUCGCGCACAUGAAGGCGGCGGGCUCGGGACAGACGCUGAUCGCCGGCGGCAGCUACAACAACAAAGGCUCGCUGGAGAUGUACGGCCUGAGCUCGGCAUCGGAUGCGGACGGGCAGGCGACGGUGCUGAGCUCGGUGAUGAAGAAUCGGCAAUCGGCGGCGUCGGCGGCGAUACUGUCGGUGAUCAACCACGGCACGAGAAUCGUCUUCUCCGACGGCUCCGGCCUUAUCAAAUGGUUCGAGAGGGAUGGCUCGACCGAGUGCCGCCGGGUGCGGGUCGGCCACAGCGACGCCGAGGAACGGUCGACCCUCUUCGUGCCGGGGGCGGGAUCGGACGACCUCGCACGCAAGAUUCUGUCGACGGCGCCGACGCAGGGGCAGGGGCGAGGGCAAGAUCAAGACCGGCCCGGCAGCGACAACAUUUUGUUUUGGACUGGAGACAAACUGGGGAUGGUGAGCUUCACGUCGGAACCACUGUUCGAGACGAAUGAUUUUGACGCCCCACGACCGGAGGCUCAGGACGAGGACGAAAAGAGUCGAAUGUACGCCAUCAGCAUGCGCGAGGCGCUGGAGUGGCAGGCGGAUGAAGUCAAGUUUAUGGGCAACAUGGGCAUGAGAGGUCAGGGUGCGAGCGGAUAA